UUUUAUUCGAAGGUGAUUAGACUUCAGUUCAAUUUGCAUUAUAAAUAAACUAAAUAAGUAUCUAACAUCCUUAUCAUAUUGAACAGUAUGGUUACAUAUCUAAAAGUAUUACUAUUCUUUAUAAUACUUUUGUUGUGUAAAUGUGAAUGUUAUUACACAAAUAGAAAACAUGUUGAUUGGUCUGAUUUAUUGUUAUCGAAAAAGUCUGUUUUACCCCAUCAGACAUUAAGUGGAGGAAGCUUAUCAUCAAGACGACAACUUUUUGGUCCUGAUUUCGACUAUUAUCUAUACAUGACUCCAAAUCGGGAUAUUGAUGAAGAAUUAAGAAGACUGAAUGCAGAACCACCAAGUGGAUUGCCAAAUGUUAUGAGAUAUGGUUAAGUGGAAUAAAAUGAAACUAAGAACAGUUUUAAACAAACAAGAAAUUCAACAAAUAACCCAAUAUAUCUGUAAACUAAUUAAGCAUAAUACUUCCAUUACACAAGGUAACUUACAUAUGUAUACCUAAAACUAAUAUUCACCAAUUCGUAUGUAAUCUAUUAAAUGAUUCCAUAAUAAAUUCUCAUUAUAGAAAU